UCGACUUUGACGGUGAGCAAACUCUGUCUACGCUGCGCUCAGAUGAAAGCUCUGCAACGCUCCUGCUCUCGACGACUCUUCACAUCACAUUUCAACCACUCGCCUAGUCUCGGCUCCAGCUCUGCGUUGUUCCACUCGUCUUCACCACUCUCCAAGCGCAAGAAAUCUGCUCCUGUACCCGAAACAGACACUGCACCUAGCAGUAACAAUGGGACGACUACACCUGCGGCAGCCGCUAGCGAGCGCCUUCGCAACAUCAUGGUCGAGGGCAGCCUUUCGGACGAAGAUCCCAGUGUCCUCUCCCAGUCAGAGCUCGCCUUUGGGGGAAGUUAUGAUCGUUCCGGUCAUGUACUCGACAUGCUCAAGGAUGGCAAAAUGAAACAGACACCCAAAGACAAACAGAAGGCCAAAGACAAGAAAGGCCCGCCCAAACCUCAAGAGCCCCAAACACUCACAAAACAUCAAAGGAAGAAGCUGAGGAGGAAGCUCAAGAAAAACUUGUUAUCCCAGCAGUUAGGAGACCAUAUGAUAGAUCGACAGAAGAGCGCAUCGAGUCAGUCGAUAACGCGGAAGGAGUUAAUGGGUACUGAGUCUGGGUCGAGGGAUUCUUCAGUCGCAUCGGUCGAGACUGGAAGAAUUCGUGAUAACCUGAGCAAAGACCGGGCUCCUCACCUUCCACGCACUCUGCUCUACACGCGACGCGUCGAAGGCAUCGUUCCGCCUAUGGAUACCUCGAUCUUACAAGACACUCUCCCUCCAAGCGAGCACAACCCCAUUGCACAACUCAGCCAUAACCUUGAUCGUGUACUCUUCAACCCCGGCGUACAUCUACUUCGAGACUUCCGUACGCAGGUGUAUAACUUCUCAUCCUACCUUGAGAAGCUUCCACCACCGCAGGAUUUCGCAUUCGAGCGUUUGGCUGGUUUUAUUCCCAGUUCGCGUGAUGAGGAUUUACGCACAAUUGCCACUCGAGAAGGAAGGACGUUCGCUGGAUCAACGUCUUCUCUGUCUGGUCUUCUCAGUCAUAUAUAUUUCCUUAUUUCGUCGGAUAAGGAUGUGAACACAACGAGUCUGAGCAGGCAUUUCCAGUACGAGCCAACUACCUUUACGCCGGGUCAGCGUAUGCCUGCUGGUGUUGUGCUCAACUACUUUGACGGUGUCUACACAAUCGACUCUGAUAAGUUGAAUGACAUCUCAGAGAAGAAUGUGUUGACGUGGAUGGGCACACUGAUGGAGAACUUCUUCACGAAGACCCCGGAGGAGUUCGAACGUUUCACGCGCAAGUCAGAAAACCCCUUCGUCCCCGAAGGUGAAGGUGGCAAGCCUAAGCGCGAAGCAUACCGUUACGCUAUGUCAGAUAAAUUCGUCAUGCGCUCGCAACUCGAUUGUGUAGAUCCUCGGCUUCCCGGCACGGGCGUCUUCGACCUCAAGACUCGCGCAGUGUAUCCCAUUCGUCACGAUAACAUAAAUUACGACGCGUAUGUUGGAUAUACACUGAAGGCGAUCCAGGGUCCGUUGGACAGUUUCGAAAAGGAGUACUAUGACAUGAUCAGGUCGGCGUUCCUCAAAUAUCAGUUCCAAUGUCGGAUAGGUAACAUGGACGGCGUCUUCGUCGCGUAUCACAACAUAGAGCAGGUCUUCGGUUUCCAGUACAUACCGCUUUCGGAAAUGGACGAUAGGUUGUUCGGGGCCGAAGGGAGAGGUGACAGGGUGUUCGAGAAGUGCGUGAAGCUGCUAGAGGUCCUCGUCACAGAGGCGGCGGAACACUUCCCGAGGCAGUCAAUACGGAUGCUAGCCGAGAAGCAGGACAAGAAGGACGUGAUGAACAUUUUCCUCCAGCCUGCUCUUUGGGACAAGGAAACACAGGGGGACAUUCCCACCGUUCAACUUGACGUCUCCGUAAGCAACUAUAGCGGAGACAACGAAGUCCGCGGUUCAUCGGCGGUGUCCAAGACCGAAGAUCCUUGGACAAUCCUCUGGGCCAUCUCCACUGCGGCCCUCCCACCACGCGAAAUCGAGCAGAACAUGAGCAUGGCCCGGAUGCGCCAGUUCAGAUACAUGCUCCUCCCCACUGGCGCUACUCUAGCGGACGCAGAAGAGCGUUGGCAUAAGUUCUUGAACUUUGGGGGUGCAGAACCGCCGGAUUUGGCUAGUGCGGUGCCGUUUGUGCCGGAGAAUUGGAUGGAGGCGACGAAGAGCAUUCAGCAGUUGAGGGAGAUGGCGAGGGAGGCAUUGCUGGCGAAGGAGAGGAAGGAGGUGGGGAUUGUGGAAGGGGCUCAGGGACAGGGGGUAGAACAGGGGGAGGGCAGGACGGAGUUUAAGAGGUUGGGUGACGAGUCGGAGGAGAUGAAGAGGUUGAAUAAGGCCUGGCAACGGAGACAGAAAUUGUUGGCGCUCGGGAAAACGCUCUCGUCGGACCGUCAGCUGGGACAAACUCAAGAGCCGGUGAAUUCGAACGCGGAUGGCACGAAGGAGCAGGCUGAGAAGAGGGGGGUCAUCGGGCCGGCCAUGCUGUAUGAAGAUGGAAAAGAGUCGAAUCGGGCGGGUUUUAUGGAGUUCGUGGCGCAGUUAAAGCAGAAGGGGCUUGACAGUUUGGCGGAGGCGGAGGAAUCUGUGAAAGAGGGAGGUGCUGCUGAGGAUAUCCUUGAUACACCGGCUACUUCGACCACGGAUGCAGAGCUCGCGCCUCUCGCGGAAACCUCGGUGAAAUACUUCGAAGAGAAAUCCUCCCAUCCAGAGACUUCGUCGCUUCAAGACAAAGCUUCCUCCUCGUCAGACCAACAAACGUCUUCUUCCUCCGACACAUCUUCGACGGUGGAUCGUUCGACGCCUAGUACCGAGGCCACACACUCUAACGUGGUUUCUAGUAACAAUGUCUCGGCACCUUCGGAAGAUCAACCAUUGUCCGCUGCCGCGACGGAGAAGGAACCAUCGGAGGUUAUCGAGGAGGUUGAUGGUGAGGAUGUGCCGCUCAGCGAUUCGAAGGUCACGGAUGGAGAGCCUCUUCAGUCUCCAGUUGUCGAGAAGGCUGAUGAUCAGGAGCCGCCUCGAGCAGAGAGCCCUCAAGUAGCUACCGCCUCUCCGAUAUCACCUGCAUCCUCGUCGCCUUCACCGACCCCAGAGCCUAAGGAAGGAUCGUCAUGAUCCUGCUUCCCCAUACGCUUUCUCUUGCAUUGUUUGUUACAUGCUCAUUUUUACCACACAUACAAUCACCAC